AUGGCGUCUGAGCGGCUCACGAACCGGCCCGCCUGCCUCCUCGUGGCCAGCAGCGCGGCCGAAGGUGUGUCAGCCUCGUCCUUCCUGCACUGCUUCACACAGGCCAGUGCUGCCUUCAACCUGCAGGUGGCCACCCCGGGGGGGAAGACCAUGGACUUCGUGGACGUGGACGAGAGCAGUGCCCGCUGGGUCCAGGACUUCCGCCUCAGGUCCUACGCCAACCCCGCCAAACUUGAGUCCAUUGACGGGGCCCGGUACCAUGCCCUCCUCGUGCCUAGCUGCCCUGGGGCACUGGCUGACCUGGCCAACAGUGGGUCCCUGGCCCGAAUCUUGCAGCACUUCCGCUCUGAGGGCAAGCCCAUCUGUGCUGUGGGCCACGGCGUGGCCGCCCUGUGCUGUGCCACAAGCGAGGAUGGCUCCUGGGUGUUCCAGGGCUACAGCAUGACAGGGCCUUCCGUGUACGAGUUGGUCCGGGCUCCUGGCUUUGCCCGCCUGCCCCUGGUGGUGGAGGACUUCGUCAAGGAUGCGGGUGCCAGCUUCAGCGCCAGUGAGCCGGACGCGGUACACGUGGUGCUGGACCGCCACCUCGUCACUGGGCAGAAUGCCAGCUCCACUGUGCUGGCUGUACAGAACCUGUUGUUCCUCUGUGGCAGCCGGUGA